CGCGGGGCCGGAAGUGGCCCAGAAGCGUCAUGGCUGCGGCGGCGGAGCGUCGUCUCGGGGUUUGUUCGUGAACAUUUAGGGCUUUUUUAAACAGAAAUCCGGGCUCAGCUGCGAAACCUUCCAACCCCCCGCCGCGAACAUGGGUCUCGAGUAGCGACUCCGACACACCGAGACUCGAACCGGUAGCCGGAGUGACGAGACGUCGCCUGACUCAUCCUCAGCGCCGGCAGCAGCCAUGUCUCUGGCCGAGCAGGCGUCGGACUCGGCGCCGUUCCUCUCCUCCGACAGCGAGGCGGAGGGACCGGAGGACCAGGACGGGGCGGCGGCGGCUCAUGUGCAGCAGGACGGGCCGGCCAGCGGCGUGUCCCGGGUCCGAGCCGUGCUGACCGUUUUCAUCCUCUGCUACAUCAACCUGCUCAACUACAUGGACCGGUUCACCGUGGCAGGUGUCCUCCCCGACAUAGAGAACGACUUUGGCAUCAACGAUGAGAAGUCCGGCCUCCUGCAGACAGUCUUCAUCUGCAGCUACAUGUUCCUGGCCCCCGUCUUCGGUUACCUGGGCGACAGGUACAACAGGAAGUACAUCAUGAGCGUCGGCAUUGCAUUCUGGUCCGUGGUGACGCUGGCCAGCUCCUACACGCCCAAGGAUCACUUCUGGGUCCUGCUGCUGACCCGGGGGCUGGUCGGCGUCGGGGAGGCCAGCUACUCCACCAUCGCCCCCACCAUCAUCGCUGACCUCUACGUCAAGGAGAAGAGGACCAACAUGCUGUCCAUCUUUUACUUUGCCAUUCCUGUCGGCAGCGGCCUCGGCUACAUUGUCGGCUCUCAAGUUAGCAACGUGGCGAAGGACUGGCACUGGGCCCUGCGGGUCACCCCGGCGCUGGGGCUGCUAGCCGUGCUGCUGCUGCUCUUCGUGGUCAAGGAGCCGCUGCGCGGCGCGGUGGAGGCGCGGCCAGAGCACCAGCUGCACCAGACCAGCUGGCUGACGGACCUGCAGGCGCUCAGCAAGAACUGCAGCUUCAUCCUGUCCACGUUGGGCUUCACGGCGGUGGCCUUUGUCACCGGCUCCCUGGCGCUCUGGGCCCCCACCUUCCUGUUCCGGGCCGCCAUCUUCACCGGGGAGAGGCUCCCCUGCACCGAGGCCCACUGCGAGUCCUCGGAAAGCCUGAUCUUCGGCAUCAUCACCUGCGUCACCGGCGUGUUGGGCGUGGCCAGCGGCGUCCAAGCCAGCCGGCAGCUGAGGAAGAGGACGCCCCGCGCCGACCCGCUGGUCUGCGCCGCCGGCCUGCUGCUGUCGGCGCCGUUCCUGUACCUGGCCAUCGUCUUCGCCCAGGCCAGCACCGUCGCCACCUACGUCUUCAUCUUCCUCGGAGAAACCUUCCUGUCCAUGAACUGGGCCAUCGUGGCCGACAUCCUUCUGUACGUGGUGGUUCCGACCCGCCGGUCCACCGCCGAGGCGCUGCAGAUCGUCAUCUCGCACCUGCUGGGAGACGCUGGGAGCCCCUACCUGAUAGGAGUGGUGUCUGACUCCCUCCGGAGGAACGACUCCUUCCUCUGGCAGUUCCGCUCGCUGCAGAUUUCUCUGCUGCUCUGCUCCUUCGUGGCCGUGGUGGGCGGAGGCUUCUUCCUGGCCACCGCCCUCUUCAUCGAGAAGGACCGGAACCGGGCCGAGAACUCCGCCCUGACAGCCGAGGACGAGCCCAUCGUCGUCCCCCGGAGCGGACGGUCCACCCGGGUCCCGGUGUCCAGCGUCCUGAUCUGAGCGCCGGAGUCGGGGGUUUGAGUCCUGUGUGCGGAGCCUCACCUCCCAGGAACGCCCAGGAACCUCUGGACGGCGGCCGGGAGACGCCGGGAGACGCCAGGAGACGCGAGCAGCUCCGGGACGCCGCUGAGCGACGCUGCUGCCUCGUUUUAAUCCCUUUUACUUCCCAGAAGCCCUUGGGCUUCCUCAGAACCCGGUCCGGGGACUUUCUGUCCGUUUUAUCGUGAACGUCGUUGAGCUGCAGGCUGUUUCCGGCGUUUGGAGCUUUCACAAGCCUUUUAUGUUUUUAUUCUGCUAACGGUUAUUUUUUUAAAAAAGGAGAAAAAAAACGCUCUUGAACAAAUAUUAACUUCAAAAUAAUUUGAGUUUAUUUUUUGUUAACUAUUAAACAAAAUGAAACUUGUCUGUCUGUGUUUUUGCACUUUGAGGACGAACGUGACGUUACUAAAGCUUUCGGGUCCGAACACGUGGGUCAGAACCGACCAGCAGAACACCAGAACAGUACCAGAUGUUUGUUCAAUAAUAUUAAACUCUUAAUUUGUUA